UGUUCUUCGAGCCCGUAGAUAAACUUAUGUUUCUCACUAGUUGUAGCUACUUGACAAGGUAGGUAGUUUUCAGUAUCCAAAAUAAUUGUGGAUUCUUCCGGAUUUGCAAAAGGGAAACGAAACUCGAAUAUUAAGAUGCCUUUAGAGAUAGUAAUUGUGCGCAAAAAUAGAUUGCUACACAGUGAAUGAAGCAGGACGGGGGGAUGGAAUAAGAAAGGGAGGAUAGGUAGGAAUGGGAGGUGUAGUAAUCUGAAGUCUGUCCUUGAGCGCGCAGGACAGAUAUAAAUUAAGGCAAGGAUAGAAUCGGAAACUUUAAAUGUAUGUUUUUCAGGUGGUAUAUGAUUCGCUACGGAGCAUUCUGGAUCUAGGGCAUCUAUCUAGAAUGCUUUCCAACAAACUACGUAGCAGCCGAGGAAAGCACGAAAGGGAAAGCGUAUGCUGUGAUCUUUUUCCAGAGUGGAGUAACGUGUGCGUGUGUUUCAGUCAUCUAUCUCAAGUGAUAUGGCUGGGAACUGACUGAGAAGGAGUUUGUAGUGAAGCAUUCAUCUGGGAACAACGAAGGUGCUGAUCUCUCUGGACCCAGGGCAAAAGGUCAGAAAUGAAACAACUUAACCCAUCACACAUGCAUCGUAGACUGGACUCCGACAUCAGGAUUGCGCAAAAACCGUUAAAUGCACUUUACAUCUCUGAACUGAAGUAACAUUCACCCCUGGACUUGUUGAAGUCAGUUGCCAUAUAUAUAGAAUCGCUACUUUGAAUUGAAAGAUGUCACAACAUAUCUGAAAUCUGAAAGGCAUAUAGCGUUGUCCAUUAAAGAUCAGACAUUGCCAAUUUGGAAGAAACUGAUACCACAAUGCAUACUGGACAUUUCACAAUCUGAAUCACUUCCAUGCUGAUUUUUCUAACAGCUGUGGCACCUCUUGCCUUUCUGUCAUGCCCAUGGACCCAUCCAGUGCCAUGCUCUCACAGGCGCUCCUGCUCUUACAGUGCAUUAUUCUGACUCUCGGCCAGUAUGAUAUUUGUAAGUCCUUGGUCAGCACGGACGAUGGACCAACAUGGGAAUAUUACGCUUGCCAACCCAAACCCAUGUCCAUGAAGGAGUACAUGCAGAUUCGAGUGGAGCCGCCUGAUAUCACGUGUGGGAACCCACCAGAAAGAUUCUGUACAUUGGAAAACCCAUACUUGUGUAGUGAUGAAUGCGAUGCGUCCACCAAAGAACUCGCCCAUCCUCCAGAGCUCAUGCAAGAUCGGGAAAGAAUCGGACUCAUCACGUACUGGCAGACGGUAACAUGGAGUCGGUUUCCUGAGCCUCUUCUGGCCAACAUAUCUUUAUCCUGGAACAAAAGCCUUGAGUUAACAGAUGACAUCCAGAUAACCUUUGAGUAUGGGCGGCCCACAAUAAUGGUGCUGGACAAGUCCCUGAAUUAUGGGCGAACCUGGCAGCCUUACCAGUACUACGCCGACGACUGCAUGGACGCCUUCGGGAUGUUGCCAAAAAGGGUGCAGGACUUGUCGGCCACUAAUGUGACCAGGGUCAUCUGUACUGAGCAAUACUCUCGUUGGGUUGGUUCUAAGAACGAGAAGAACGUACUGUUCGAGGUGAGGGACCGCUUUUCCAUAUUCGCUGGGACAAAAUUACAAAACAUGGACAAUUUGUACACGCGCAUGGAGAGUAUGAAAGGCCUCCGAGACUUUUUCACCUUUACGAACCUGCGGCUUAGGCUGCUAAGACCAGCUCUCGGAGGAACAUACGUACAAAGAGACAACCUGCUCAAGUACUUUUACGCCAUCUCCAAUAUCGAAAUACCAGCAAGGUGUAAGUGUAACCUCCACGCUGGUCAGUGCUCUAUGCGCGACAGCACCCUUCAGUGCGACUGUGAGCACAACACUACGGGACAAGACUGUUCGGCAUGUGAGAGAGGUUUUAAAGCCAAGUCCUGGAAGCCCGGCUCCUAUCUCCCCACCCCGAAUGGAUCCCCAAAUAUUUGUACGAAUUCUGCACCUGGUGAGGCUUCGGGAACUUCUGGCAACUGCGAGUGCAACGGUCACUCAAAUCGCUGCAGUUACAUUGAUUUCAUCAACAUUGUGACUUGUGUGAGCUGCAAACACAACACUAGAGGGCAGAACUGUCAGCACUGUCGCCUUGGAUACUUCCGGAACGCUUCUGCCGAGCUGGAUGAUGAAAAUGUUUGCAUAGAGUGUAACUGUAAUCAGCUGGGCUCCCUGCAUGCCCGUUGCAAUGACACAGGCUUCUGCCAGUGUCGAGAGGGCACAGCUGGGCUGAAGUGUGAGGACUGUCUCCCUGGAUACAGUUGGAAGCAAGGCUGCAUGCCAAACGUGUGUGAUGAUGAGCUACUGCUGUGUCAGAACGGCGGCUCCUGCAUCCAGAACCAGAAGUGUGCAUGUCCACCCGAGUUUAAGGGCGUUUUGUGCGAGCAGCUACGCUGUCAGGGUGAGAGAGGGUGUGAUGGUGCUUCUGCCUGCUCCCUAAGCACCCUAACACUGCUGCUCUGCCUUCUAACCAACAGCCUGCUUAAAGCCAGCGCCUAGAAACCUGUCUUAUUCCUGAUAUCGAUUCUAGUCUACGCAGACCAAAGGGCUGAACCCUGCAGACAGAGAGAAAGAGUGAACGGAUCCCGUACAGACCCAGUCUAACGGUGCUGAAAUCUGUUUUUUUUUUUUGGGGGAAAGGGCAGCGGCUAAGCUGAGGUCAAAAAUGCCUUCACAAGAUGUGUGUCUCCUAGCAUCACUGAUCAUCUGAACUCUAUACCAAAAACAAAAGAAGUUACAUUCAGUUUCAACUCACUCUAACUCACAGAACUCUGCAGAUAAUGGACAAAUAUAUACAGUAGAUGAGGUUUAAUUUCUUUUGGCAUUUCUACCUUCCUGUAGUUUUGGCGCUCACUGCGAUACAAGCACUGCACUUGCUUGUUUUGACGAAUGACAAACGUUGAUAUCACGGAAGCCUACUUAUGCCAAGUUAUUCUUCUUUUGAAGACUUGUUUUUACAUUUUCUUUCAUUCCUGCAUUUUUCUUGCAUUUUAUUGUCAAAUCCUAUCGAGGUAUAACAAGUAGAUGAAAAGAAGUUUUAAUGCUAGUUAUGAAGAACGAAUGUCUCUAUAGCUUGUGUUUGAGAUUACAUUUCUGGAAUGUAGAUAGAGUUUUAAACGUUAUAUUGAACAGAUACAUAGUAUAUAUCUAUCUGAAAGAGAGUAUGAAGAUAUGAAUUAUUGUAUAUUAUGAUUAUUAUUUGAAUAUUUUUUGUAGAAAAUUGUUAUUUUUAUUUCAAGUAAAUGUCACCAUUGUAAAGACAUUGCAGUCUUUAUUGCAGUGCAUAUGGUAUUCACACCAUGGUAAAAUUAUAUUUGAUGAUACAGCAAAGUGCAUCUCUUAUAUGUUUGAAAUAUUUCUCCAUUCACACCAUUACCUAACAUUAAAUAAAGCAUAAAACAUUUCAUUACAUGCACAGCUUUAGCUCAAUAUAACCCACUCACCAUCUUGAUACUGGCAUGCACUCAUCUUUGCAGUUAUUCCUUUACUAAGAAGACCAUUCAGAACUACUUAUUAACACAUGCAAUAUAAAUAUAUUUGUAAAGUCCCACAUAAACAUAAUAAGAUAGUGAAAUAAUUACAAUGCACAUUUCUUUGGAGGAAACACAUUGGCUAUGUUCAGGAUGAAAUACUAGCUUUCUACUCACAGAAUACUGCACGUUAUACACUGUAAACUGCCUACUUAAAAAAAAGUUAUUAUUUCAUUUUAAGCAGUAGUAUGCUACAUUAUUGUCCUCAUCACAUUGGAUUGCAGCUUUUAAAUUAAUAGGAUUCCGUGCAGUGUGCUCUGUUAAGCAAUGCACAUUUUGACAAAGAAAAUGUGCAUAAUGUGCACAGAAUACAUACUAUAUAGUGCAGAAAUAGGAAGAGUAUUAUGUAAGUAUGCUAUUCCAAACACAGCCAAUGUCAAUCAAAGCACAUUGCCAAAUAGAAUGCCAAGUCUAACAAUUAAAUCUACAGUCUAUACAAUAUAAAAGUCAGCACAUCACAUAUCAGGUUAUUUUUCAAAUAUUUUUCUUGCGUGAGCCUCAAAGAAAUGCCAAAAUCUUUAGCGGCUCCACUUUUUGAUGUAUUUCAUAUUUUCAAAUGCUUUACAUUCAUGAUGAGCCAGGGUAAAUCAAAUACUUUGAAAAAUUAUUAUAAAUGAAUAAAACCUGACAAUC